CACAAGUGCCCAGGGAAGGGCCAGCAUCAGCCCAGCCCCGAGAAGAGCACGGUCCCAUCUGAGAGCAAUGAGUUCAGCUCCUUUCUCUACUGGCGAGCUCCCCUGCCCAGCAUCGAGGAGGAGCUGCAGGAGCUGCUGAAAGCGCAAGCCAUCUCUGUUAGCCCAGAGACCACUGAGGAGCACCAGAGCUCUGAGGAUGGGGCCAGUGCUGAGGAAGAGGAGGACGAGGAGAGCGACGAUGAGGGUUGGAUAACACCCAGCAACCUCAAGCAAGUCCAGCAGGACACAGGGCACUGUGAUGCUGUUCCUGUCGGCAUCCAGGUCGGCUGCGUCACCACUGACUUUGCCAUGCAGAACGUGUUGCUGCAGAUGGGCCUCCACGUGCUGGCAGUGAACGGCAUGCUGAUCCGCCAGGCCAGGAGCUAUAUCCUGCGAUGCCACGGCUGCUUCAAGACCACUUCAGACAUGACCAAGGUUUUCUGUCCCCACUGCGGUAACAAGACCCUGAAGAAGGUCGCAGUGAGUGUCAGCGAUGACGGGAGCCUCCACAUGCAUUUCUCCCGCAACCCCAAGGUGCUUAACCCCCGAGGGCUCAGGUACCCGCUGCCGGCCCCACAAGGAGGGAAGCAUGCGAACAACCCUCACCUGGUGGAAGACCAGCCCUUCCCACAGCAGCGGCUGUCCCGCAAGGCCAGGCAGAAGACUAACGUCUUCGACCCUGACUACAUCGCCGGGGUCUCCCCAUUUGCGGAAAACGACGUCUACAGCCGCGCAGCCAAUCUGCAAAUCCGGGACGCGGCCCUGGGCGCUGGCAGGAGACGCCUGAACCCCAACGCCGUGACGAAGAAGUUUGUGAAGAGGAGGUGA